CCAGCUCCGGCCACUCUGCGCUCGGCUGCGGCCCUGAGACCUCCGGCGGCUGCUCCCUCUGCUCCCGGGGCUGCGGCCGGUCGCGUGCGGCCCCUAAGCUCGGGCUCCGGAGCCGGCGGGAGGGCCGGGCUCCCCGGGGGCGCCUCCAGCUGGGCUGGUAGCAUGGAGCCUGAGCCGUCUCCACCGAGCCCAUCUCACCCCCAACCACAGGUUGGCCGGUCCCAGCUCAAUGCGGCAGCUUCCUCAGCGCAAGGAGAUGAGGCUAGAGAUCAGCGCCAUCUGCCGUCCUCAUCACCACCGGCCGCUCCGGCUGCUGGACGGCCCACUGGCCCCGAGAGAGGAGAGAAAAAUGAGACGCCGAAAGAAGCCGCAGAAAUAUCCUUUGAAGACCUUCUGGAGAAGGCCAAGGCCGGAGACCCCAAGGCGCAAACGGAGGUGGGGAAGCACUAUCUGAAAUUAGCAGACGACGCAGAUGAAGAGCUGAACAACUGCAGUGCAGUGGACUGGCUGAUCCUCGCCGCGAAGCAGGGCCGGCGAGAGGCCGUCAAGCUGCUGCGCCGGUGCCUCGCCGACCGAAGGGGCAUCACUUCGGAGAAUGAGCAGGAAGUGAAAAAGCUGUCCUCGGAGACCGAUCUGGAGCGCGCUGUGCGCAAAGCGGCCUUGGUCAUGUACUGGAAACUCAAUCCCAAGAAGAAAAAGCAGGUGGCCGUGUCGGAGCUUCUAGAAAAUGUGGGCCAAGUCAACGAACAAGAUGGUGGAAAGCAACCCGGACCCAUUCCCAAAUCGAUCCAGAAGCAGAGGAGAAUGCUGGAGCGGUUGGUCAGCAGUGAAUCUAAGAACUACGUGGCUCUGGACGACUUUGUGGAGAUCACCAAGAAGUACGCCAAGGGCAUCAUUCCCAGCAACCUGUGUCUGCAGGAUGACGAUGACGACGAGCUCGCGGGGAAGAGCCCGGAGGACCUCCCGUUGCGUCUGAGGGUGGUGAAGUACCCGCUGCACGCCAUCAUGGAGAUCAAGGAGUACCUGAUCGAGCUGGCCUCCAAGGCCGGCAUGCACUGGCUCUCCACCAUCGUGCCCACCCACCACAUCAACGCCCUGGUCUUCUUCUUCAUCAUCAGCAACCUGACGCUGGACUUCUUCGCCUUCCUCAUCCCCCUGGUGGUCUUCUACCUGUCCUUCGUCUCCAUGGUGAUCUGCACGCUCAAGGUCUUCCAGGACAGCAAAGCCUGGGAGAACUUCCGCGCGCUCACCGACCUGCUGCUGCGCUUCGAGCCGGACCUGGACGUGGAGCAGGCCGAGGUCAACUUCGGCUGGAACCACCUGGAGCCCUACGCGCACUUCCUGCUCUCCGUCUUCUUCGUCAUCUUCUCCUUCCCGCUGGCCAGCAAGGAGUGGAUCCCCUGCUCGGAGCUGGCCGUGGUCUCGGUCUUCUUCACGGCCGCCAGCUACGUGAGCCUCGGCGCCUCGGCCGAGCCCUACACGCGGCGCGCGCUGGCGGUGGAGGUGGCGGCCGGCGCGCUCUCCGUGCUGCGCGCCCUGCCCCUCGACUGGCCCUGGCUGGGCGCGCUGGGCCGCACCUUCGCCGCCGUGCCCCUGGGCCAGCUGGUGGUGCUCAACGUCAGCGUGCCCUGCGCCCUCUUCCUCUACCUCUUCUACCUCUUCUUCCGCAUGGCGCAGCUGAGGGGCUUCAAGGGCACCUACUGCUACCUGGUGCCCUACCUGGUGUGCUUCAUGUGGUGCGAGCUCUCCGUGGUCAUCCUGCUCGAGGCCUCGGGCCUAGGCCUGCUGCGCGCCUCCGUCGGCUACUUCCUCUUCCUCUUCGCGCUGCCCGUGCUGGGCGCGGGCCUGGCGCUCAUGGCCCUGGUCCACUUCUCGCGCUGGUUCGUCUCCCUGGAGCUCACCAAGAUCCUGGUGACGCUGGCGCUGUGCGGCGUGCCGCUGCUGCUGCGCCGCUGGGCGCGCGCCCACCUCUCGGUGCUGGAGAUGCUGCGCUCGCUGAGCCGCAGCUCCAUGGUCAAGCUCAUCCUGGUCUGGCUCUCGGCCGUGGUGCUCUUCUGCUGGUUCUACGUCUACCGCUCGGAGGGCAUGAAGGUCUACAACUCCACGCUGACCUGGCCGCAGUACGGCCACCUGUGCGGGCCGCGCGCCUGGAAGGAGACCAACAUGGCGCGCACGCAGAUCCUCUGCAGCCACCUGGAGGGCCACAGGGUCACCUGGACGGGCCGCUUCAAGUACGUGCGCGUCACCGACAUCGACAACAGCGCCGAGGCCGCCAUCAACAUGCUGCCCUUCUUCCUCGGGGACUGGCUGCGCUGCCUGUACGGCGAGCCCUACCCCGCCUGCGCGCCCGGGGGCGCCGGCGGCCCCGAGGAGGAGCUCUGCCGCCUCAAGCAGCUGGCCAAGCACGAGUGCCACAUCAAGCGGUUCGACAGGUACAAGUUCGAGAUCACCGUGGGCAUGCCCUACGGCAGCGGCGAGCGCACGCCCGAGGAGGACGACAUCACCAAGGACAUCGUGCUGAGGGCCAGCAGCGAGUUCAAGGGCGUGCUGCUGAGCCUGCGGCAGGGCAGCCUCCUCGAGUUCAGCACCGUGCUGGAGGGCCGCCUGGGCAGCAAGUGGCCCGUCUUCGAGCUGAAGGCCAUCCGCUGCCUCAACUGCGCCGCGCAGCUGGCGCCCGCCGGCCGCCACGUGAAGAUCGAGCGCGACUGGAGGAGCGCCGUGCACGACGCCUUCAAGUUCGCCUUCGACUUCUUCUUCUCCCCCUUCUUGUCGGCCGUUUGACGUCCUCCGAGGGCCCCGGGCCGGCCCCGGUUCCGCUGCCGUCGACCCGGCCCCGGGCCUGCCGAACUUGGUAAAAUCACGCAGU